CCACCCCCAACGCGGCAACACCACCCUCCCCCGCCUCCGCCAGUGGAGCCGGAGCCCGAGGAAGAGGAGGAUGUGGAGGACGCGGAGGGGGAUUUCCGGCAGAAGGGGAAGGUGUUCGUCGGGAACCUGCCGCCGCGGGCUCGGAAGGCGGAGGUGGCCGACUUCUUCCGCCAGUUCGGGCCGCUCGACAAGGUGGAGCUCGUGCGCGCCCACGACGACCCGGAGCGCAACGCCGGCUUCUGCUUCCUCUACUACGCCGACGCCGAGGGCCAGGGCGCCGACGCCGCCGCGGAGCGCGCGGCGGAGGUCGACGGGGUGGACUUCCGGGGCAGGUCGCUCACGGUGCGGCUCGACGACGGGAGGAAGGGGCGGGCCAGGGCGGAGGACCGGGCGCGCUGGGUGGACCACGGCCAAGGGAAGGAGGCGCCGUCGCCGUGGCACCACGGCAGGGACGAGGCCUGCCGCGAGUUCCGCAGGGUGGUGGAGUCGCGGCCCGAGGACUGGCAGGCCGUCGUCUCCGCCUUCGAGAGGAUCCCCAAGCCAUCAAGGAGAGAAUUUGGUCUGAUGAUUGUGUAUUAUGCCAAGCGGGGUGAUAAGCAUCAUGCUCGUGCAACCUUUGAGAACAUGAGAGCAAGAGGAAUAGAACCCAAUGCCUUUGUCUUCACAAGCCUUGUUCACGCUUAUGCAGUUGCUAGAGAUAUGCGUGGAGCGCUGUCAUGUGUUGAAGAAAUGAAAGCUGAGGGCAUUGAGCUGACAAUUGUUACUUACAGUAUCCUUAUUUCAGGAUUCGGCAAAAUCAAUGAUGCUCAAUCUGCAGACAACUUGUUCAAAGAGGCUAAGACCAACCUAGGGGAUCUCAAUGGGAUCAUAUAUAGCAACAUCAUACAUGCCCACUGCCAGUCUGGCAAUAUGGAUAGAGCUGAAGAGCUGGUCCGUGAAAUGGAAGAGGAUGGGAUAGACGCUCCCAUAGAUGCAUAUCACAGUAUGAUGCAUGGAUAUACUAUCAUUCAAGAUGAAAAGAAAUGUCUAAUUGUGUUUGAAAGGCUGAAGGAAUGUUGCUUUACACCAUCAAUAAUUUCUUAUGGAUGCCUUAUUAAUUUGUAUGUCAAGAUUGGUAAGGUCGCUAAAGCUAUAGCUAUUAGCAAAGAAAUGGAGUCAUAUGGAAUCAAGCAUAACAACAAAACUUACUCUAUGCUGAUAAGUGGAUUUAUCCAUUUACACGACUUCACAAAUGCUUUCCACAUAUUUGAGGAAAUGCUAAAAUCUGGUCUUCAGCCUGAUCGUGCCAUAUACAAUUUGCUGAUAGAAGCAUUUUGUAAGAUGGGAAAUAUGGAUCGAGCUAUUCGCAUUCUGGAAAAAAUGCAGAAGGAACGAAUGCAACCAUCAAAUAGGGCAUUUAGGCCAAUCAUAGAGGGGUUUGCGGUUGCUGGAGAUAUGAAAAGGGCUCUGGAUAUUCUUGAUCUGAUGCGACGAAGUGGUUGUGCUCCCACUGUAAUGACCUACAAUGCUCUUAUUCAUGGGCUAAUUAGAAAGAACCAGGUUGAAAGGGCCGUUUCUGUGCUUAACAAGAUGUAUAUUGCUGGUAUUACGCCAAAUGAACAUACAUACACAAUCAUUAUGAGAGGUUAUGCUGCUACUGGGGAUAUCGCAAAGGCAUUUGAAUAUUUCACGAAGAUCAAAGAGGGUGGUCUAAAACUUGAUGUCUACAUUUACGAGACGCUGCUAAGGGCCUGUUGCAAAUCAGGGAGAAUGCAGAGUGCUUUAGCAGUCACCCGUGAGAUGAGCUCUCAGAAGAUAUCAAGGAAUACAUUUGUAUAUAACAUUCUGAUUGAUGGGUGGGCUCGGAGGGGAGAUGUUUGGGAGGCAGCAGACUUGAUGAAGCAAAUGAAAGAAGAUGGAGUCCCACCGAACAUUCAUACAUAUACCUCCUACAUAAAUGCAUGCUGCAAAGCAGGAGACAUGCAGAGGGCACAAACGGUGAUAGAAGAAAUGGCAGAUGUCGGACUGAAACCUAAUCUCAAGACAUAUACUACCUUGAUUAAAGGUUGGGCAAGGGCGUCACUUCCAGACAGAGCAUUGAAAUGUUUUGAAGAGAUGAAGCUGGCGGGGCUGAAGCCUGAUGAGGCCGUUUAUCAUUGCUUGGUAACUUCACUUCUCUCCAGGGCAACUGUGAUGGAGGGAAGCACCUACACAGGAAUCUUGAGUGUUUGUAGAGAAAUGUUUGAGAAUGAUUUGACUGUUGAUAUGCGCACUGCUGUUCACUGGUCAAGAUGGCUUCACAAGAUUGAGAUGACGGGUGGCGCACUAACUGAAGCACUUCAGAGAAUAUUUCCUCCUGAUUGGAAUUCAUUAGAAGUUCUAGGAGAGGUUUCUGAUUCUGUAAGCACUGGGGACUCAGAUUAUUCCAGUGAUUCUGAUUUUAGCGAUGGUGACGAGAAUCAAGAAGCUGAUGACAGCUGACAAUCUGUAAACAACUUUCGACGGUAUGCACUCCCAAGCUGCUUUUGCGUGAGCUGUGCCAGAGUUUACCUAACAAGGUCGGCAGUUUGUGGACGACCCAAAAGUUGGGUUUGGAAUCUUACAGUGCAGUAAGCAUGGGCUGUCUGUCUUCUGCUGUAUUUUUUCAAGAGCUGCCGACAGUCAGCAACAGUUCUACUGGCGCUAAGGACUCAGUCUGUCAUUGCAAGUUAGCAGCAGACCAAGCUUGCUCAGUUAUGUGUGUUCCUGUACAGAACAGUGACUGCCGUAGGUAAAUAUUCGUGAGCCUCUUCCUUGUGAGACAGUUAAGGUGGCAAAGGCUUGAGGCUGUGUCUAGUUUCGUGAAGUUGUUAGAUGUUGCCCUAUCCUAAUGAGCGGAAGAUGGAAGGGCCUGGAAAUAUGUUCGUUCAUAUAGGGCCAGUAACUGGAAAUGGCACCACAGGUGGGCAACAAUCAAAAUCUCCCUUCUUGUUUUAGUUUCCUUUGGAAAUAGACUUUUGGAAUCUCUACUUGGAUUGUAACUGCGAUCCAGAAGGUAGCCACAGUGGCGGCAGUGCUGUACAAAGACUUGUCUGCUAUAGUGAUAUAUUUGAACAGAUAAAAUAUAUAUCUCUUUUCCUCUGUUCUGAUGAAUUUGAAAGUUCAGAUAGAGCGUGCGAAUCGUUAGUUGGCUCUUACUUUGGCAUGACUCAGCUGUUGUAUAACUAAAUCUAUUUUGAGUGAUUCCGAGAGCACAAGCCAGUAAAUAUCAUUUA